AUGGCCUCCCAGAACCGCAACCCAGCUGCCGCCAGCGUCGCCGCCGCCAGCAAAGGAGCCGAGCCCAGCGGGGGUGCCGCCCGGGGCCCCGUGGGCAAGAGGCUACAGCAGGAGCUGAUGACCCUCAUGAUGUCUGGUGACAAAGGCAUCUCUGCCUUCCCUGAAUCCGACAACCUUUUCAAAUGGGUGGGGACAAUCCAUGGGGCAGCAGGCACAGUUUAUGAAGACCUGAGGUAUAAGCUCUUGCUGGAGUUCCCCAGUGGCUACCCUUACAACGCGCCCACGGUGAAGUUCCUCACACCCUGCUACCACCCCAACGUGGACACCCAGGGAAAUAUCUGCCUGGACAUCCUGAAGGACAAGUGGUCUGCCCUGUAUGAUGUCAGGACCAUCCUGCUGUCCAUCCAGAGCCUGCUAGGAGAACCAAACAUUGAUAGUCCUUUGAACACGCAUGCUGCCGAGCUCUGGAAAAACCCCACAGCCUUUAAGAAGUAUCUGCAAGAAACCUACUCGAAGCAGGUCUCCAGCCAAGAUCCCUGACUGUCCAGCCUCUCUCUUUGUGUUGUCUUUUUAUUUUCUCCUUAGAUAGUCUUUCUCUUCAUUUCUGUCUAGGACUCUGUAUCUUAAGCUGUGGUGUCAUUUUUGUUUUGUUUCUGUUUUUUAAAUUAAGUCUCUGGUUGAGCCCUUGUGACAAAUAUAUUAAAUAAAUA